AUGGCAACUGUAACUGAUUGUCCAGAAGUGGCCUGUACCCCAGAAGUGGCCUGUACCCCAGAAGAGACCUGUACCCCAGAAGUGGACUGUAAAUAUGCGAACACUAUGGAGAAAGAACUUAGAAAGGAUGCAUACUGCUUAAAUAGUAAACCAGAAUGGAAGAUCAAUGGUCCCACGUGUAUCAUCUUAAAAAAUUCUCAAGUCAAAACUCUCAUCUUCUUAGAAGACGAAAGAAUGGCUAAAUUUGAGGAGAUGAUGGAUAAUGAAAUUCCUGAAAACAAACCCUGGACUCAAUUUAUGUUGCAGCAUUAUCGUCAUCCUAAACUAAAACUAGUGGCCAUCUAUGUGAAGGGUGAAACCAACAAUUAUAUUCUGUCCUGUGAAAGCAAUGAAAAACUUCAAUUUAAGGAUGGUAAUCUUCCAAAUAAGCUUGAAGACAAGGAUCAGGACAUCUUGUUCAUUAUGCAUAAUGUGCCAGGUUAUCAAAAGACACAAUUCAAGUCAUAUUUGCAUGAAGAACACUACCUGGCAUGUGGCGACGAUGAUGAGCUGGUUUUAAAGGAGCUUGACUGUGAGGAACCGUCUACAAUGUUCACUGUGAAGAUUUGUGGAGCUGAAAGAAUAUGUCAGGGGCUUUAG